UGUUGUUGUGCUUUAGGAAUAGUUUCCAACUGGACCAAAAUUCCACCACCACUUUUCAAAAAAGUUGUCAUUGUCCUGAUAGAUGCUUUGAGAGAUGACUUUGUCUUUGGAUCCAAAGGUAAACAGUUCAUGCCUUAUACUACACAAGUUAUUGAAAAAGGGACAUCCUACAGUUUCAUUGCUGAAGCAAAGCCACCCACCGUGACUAUGCCUCGAAUUAAGGCUUUGAUGACGGGUAGCAUUCCUGGUUUCAUUGAUGUUGUUGUGAACCUCAACUCUCCAGCUCUAAUGAGUGACAAUCUAAUAUGGCAGGCAAAAGCAGCUGGGAAAAGAAUAAUCUUUUAUGGUGAUGAUACUUGGGUAAAAUUGUUUCCAAAGCAUUUUGUGGAAUAUGAUGGAACAACGUCCUUUUUUGUGUCAGAUUUUACAGAGGUUGAUGAUAAUGUUACUAGACAUUUGGAUAGAGUGUUGAAGAGAGAAGAUUGGGAUCUCUUAAUAUUACAUUACCUAGGAUUGGACCAUAUUGGCCAUAUGACUGGGCCAAACAGCCCACUAGUAGGACCAAAGCUUCGUGAAAUGGACAACGUCUUGAAGAAGAUUCAUAUUUCUCUUCUGUCAAAGGAAGGAGAGGCUUCUCUGCCCAGUUUGCUGGUUGUUUGUGGGGAUCAUGGGAUGUCUGAAACAGGCAGUCACGGUGGUUCUUCAGAAGGUGAAGUGCACACACCACUGCUAUUUAUCAGCUCUGCUUUUGAAAAGAGAAGUGGUCCUCUAACCCAACUUGAACUUGUGCAACAAACAGAUUUGGCUAGUACACUGGCAGUAGGUCUUGGUCUACCAAUUUCAAGGAACAAUGUUGGGAACAUUAUAUUACCAGUUGUAGGAAGCCAGACAAUGAGAGAACAACUGCGUUUCUUGCACAUGAAUGGGUUCCAGCUUAGCACACUGUUGCAAGAGAAUACACCUGCCUAUGAAAAAGGCAACAAGACGCUAAUAGCAAGAAGUAACUGUACCUGUACUGGUGGUAUAUUCCGGAGCAUAAUGCAGCAUGAUAUCAUUCUUUGUAACCUCAACACUGGUCAAAUUUUUGUGGGUAAGGAUCGGAAGGAGGCCAACAAGGCUGACAUCCUGGUGAGAGUGUGUUAUAGACCAUCCAGCAAGGACAAAGAGGGAGAUGAAGCAGUCUACAAGCAGCUGGCAGAAGUCAUGCAAUCACUAUCCCUUGUCCCUGUGGGAGACUUCAAUUUACCUGACCUCUGCUGCAAAUGCAGUACAGCCCAGAAGAAUUCUAGGAGGUGCCUGGACUGCGUGGAAGACAACUUCCUGGCACAGCUGGAGCAUUUGUGGAAGAGGAUGGAUCCUCCUCCACCAAAGAAGCCUCGGCUUCUCGAGAGCAGCAGCGAGCCGGAGCCAAUGGAUGUAGAUCCUCCGGAGAGCGAUGUUGAACCUAUGCAGGUGGAUCCACCUUCAUCAGGCCCAGGCAAGCAAUAUAACCCCAUGCUUGCCUGGAGACGUCACUACAUCCAUUGGCGGUACAGCAGGGGCUCUCGGUUUCCAUCUCGGUGUUGA